AUGGAGCGGAGAACGGUGACAAUGAAUUGGGAUCACUUAGAAGACUUCAAUGUAGAAGAUGAUAUUGAUGAAUUCUUUGAAAGCACCAACCGCCUCUCGGUUGUUGUCCCUCUUGACAUGCCUUUACCUGAGGAUGACGACGACCCACAAUUCAACGAUGGUCGAGUGUCUUUCUCUAACAACCUCGCCUCCAAUUCCAUCAAGCGACCUCAACUCUCCACGGCUCAAUACGACAUGUGGAUGGUCGCACCUGGAUCAAUCUCCGACAGGCGAAGGAAGCUUUUACAAGGCAUGGGGUUGAAUAGCAAAAAAGAUUUCGCUCGGUUACCUAGCACAAAUACCACCAUACUUAAUGAAGAAGCCCAUACGAAAAGAUUGCCUUCCACGAAAGUUGUUGUUAUUCCUACCGACGCAAUCAUAUCCAAUGAAAAACCAAAUGAUGAUACAUUGGUAAAAGAAUCUUCACCCCCUUUAGAGGAAUCAAGACAGGCUGAACCUGAGUUGCAGUCGGACGAUAAAGCUAAAGCUCAGCCACAUGCUAAAGCCGAGCCUCAACCUCACCCAGAGCAACAGCCUCAGCCUGAACCUGAACCUGAGCCUGAACCACAACCUCAACUGCAGGUUCAUGUUCAAGAUCAGGCUCAGGCUUUGGCUUUGUCCCAGCCUAUGUUGUUAGUUCGCUCUAGAUCAGAUAGUGAUAUAGAAACAAGCUCCUUCAACACAAAACGAAGAAAAGAGGAUAUGAUUGGAUCAAUAUCAAAACAAAGCCUUACAAGAACAUCAUCGGAAUUGGUUACACCAUCCGUCGGGUUAUCAUGCCAGUACGCCAACGUUCUUAGAGUUUACACCACCAGUACUAAAAGUUCCUUGACGACAUCUACCACCAAUAACAAGAAGAACGACAUGCACACUACCUCAAGUGCACAAGUGGAUUCUUUCUUCUUGAUCAAGAAUCUAGAUACCGGAAAGGAGUUUGUAGUGAAAGAGUUUAACGACGAUGGAAUGUGGAAUAAGGUGAGUGAUCUACAAACUGGGAAACAACUCACGAUGGACGAAUUUGAGAAUACCGUGGGCCAUUCACCCGUCGUAAAGGAGUUAAUGCGUAGAACAAGCCGCAAGAGAAAUGGCAUGAUGGCCAUGACCAACUCUUAUCUUAGCAAGAGCUUUAGAAGUAGCAAGAAGAAAGGGGCUGCAUUUUUGAAGCACCUUAAAGAAAAAGAAAAGGAAGAAAACGUAACGACGACUACCACGACUACUGCUACUACCACAACCGUAACUACUUCUUCAUUGUCUUCACAAAGCAGUAGACAACACAAAACGAGUGUAGAACGGGUAACUUCUAAUGACAAGAACUCGAGUUCAGAAUGGGUUAAAGCUAAAGCUUAUGGAAAACCAUCAAAAGAAUUCUCAGCAUUGCAUCUAUGUCAGAAAAUCGAGGCUCAUGACGGGUCGAUUUGGACGAUGAGAUUUAGUUUUGACGGACACUAUUUAGCAUCCGGUGGUGAAGACAAAGUUAUUCAUGUUUGGGAAGUGCAAGAAUGCGAUGUUCAUUCAAUGCGGUCAGGAGAUGACAAGGGUGGUUCAAUUACUCCCGAUAACAGGCCCCCGUUACCCGAAAAUUCAACCACAGACAAGAAGAAAAAAUCAAAGAAUCAUAAAAGAAAAACGGAAGUUCCUGAGUACGUAAAGGUGCCCGAAAGUAUGUUCGGCCUAUCAGAAAAACCCCUUUGCACAUUCAGCGGCCACCAAGAUGACGUGUUGGACCUAUCUUGGUCACGAUCUCAGUUCCUGCUUUCGUCUUCAAUGGACAAAACCGUAAGAUUAUGGGAUAUCGAAACCAAGAACUGUUUGAAGCAGUUUGCACAUAGCGAUUACGUGACUUGUAUACAGUUCAAUCCAACAGAUGACGAUUACUUCAUAAGCGGUUCGUUAGACAAAAAGGUUAGAAUAUGGAACAUACCAAGUCGAAAAGUUGUCGAUUGGAGUGAUCUUCAUGACAUGAUAACUUCAAUUUGUUAUUAUCCUGAUGGGCAAGGUGCGAUUGUUGGAUUACAUAACGGAAACUGCAAGUCGUAUAGUACUGCCGAUUGCAAGCUCGAGCUUAAAGAUCAAAUUGAAUUGCAUACUAAAGCGAAAGCGGAUCCAAAAAAGAUAACUAGCUUUCAGUUUUCUCCUUCGAACCCAUCGGAAGUGGUCAUUACAUCUGCUGAUUCCCGUAUUAGAAUCAUCGAGGGGUUACAUGUCGUUGAAAAACUCAUAGGUUACAAAAAUACUAGCAGUCAAUUUACAGCGCAAUAUACCGCAGACGGGAAGUACGUAAUCUGCGCUAGUGAAGAUUCACAAGUAUACAUAUGGAAGCAUGAAAAACCGAAACACAGUGGUGGUACUAAACCCAAAUAUGUGACCACUACUUCUUACGAACACUUUACAUGUAUGGAAGUAACCGUUGCGGUACCGUGGCAUGGAAGCAACAAAUCGCAAGGGUUAGACAACGAACCACAAGCCAAAUGCAACUCUAAACGGUCUGGGCCGCUUUCUGUAGACGAUAAUGCGCAGGCUAAAAAAUCCUCACAUCUGCCACCAGUUCCCAAAAAGGGCACAGAAAAAGGUACGAAUGAGGACUCAGAACAGCCUUCUAAUACUGACACAGAUGUCGGUGAGUCCGAUGAUGGUUCGUUGCUGUUAGGCAUUGGUGCCGCUGCUGCAACCCCCAACAACAAUAUCCAAUCAACGGCAUGGGGUUUGGUGAUCGUGACUGCAGGGUUGGGUGGUGAGAUUAGGGUUUAUCAGAAUGUCGGGUUGCCUGUUAAGGUCGGGAAUCUGUUUUAA